UUCAUUGGCUCAUUGAUAAUUUUCCUGCCCAAAAUAUUCUUGUUGCUUCUCUCAAGCGAUAGACAAAAUCUAUGAUAAAUUUUUGAAAGUCAUCUCACUCCUUCCCUAUGGCUCGCACUUCAUGAUACGUGGAGGAAGAAAACAUCUCUCCCAAUUUCUUUGUUCCAUUCUGAACUAAAAACUAAAAAGAAAAGGAAGAAAAGGAUUUAUGGGGACUGUACUGCCUUUAUAUCUCUUAGUAUAUAUUGUAGGAAUAAUUAAACGAUUCCUUACUGUUAGGCAAUAGAAUAUGCCGCAGCCCCCUACCAUAUGCUGCGGCAUAUCAUUGCCAUAAUUAGCAGAUGUAAAUCAAUCAGGGAUAGCUGAUUUAGUUACUAUAAUUAGAAGAUGUAAAUCACUGAUUUAGUUACUAUAAUUAGGAGAUGUAAAUCAGAUGGGAAUCACCCUUGCCUUGUAAAGGCCAGUCGGCCCUAUAUAAUAGAAGGCGCCCCCUCCAAUUGAGGUGUGGCCAAUUGCCCCAAUCCUAAUCUUCUACAUGGUAUCACGAGUUCAGGCCUUGAUCUCGUUCUAAUCUCGAUCUCCUCCUGGGUGCCGACCUUCUCCUCCCCUUCCCAUGGGAACCGAAUCAUCCCUCUCCUCUGCCACCAGCGGCAACCUCACCAGCGAUGCUGCUCCUGCAAUCUCCCCCUUCGCCACCAUCAACAUCAAGCUCCACGUCCCCAUGACCCUUGAGUUGAAGCCCUCCAACUUCACCAAGUGGUCGACGGCAUUCGUGGCCACAUGUGGCAAGUUUGGGCUGCAGCAUCACCUCGCCGCUGCCUCCACCUCGACUCCCGACGCGGCCUGGCUGCAGGCUGACUUCUGCGUCCGCGGCUGGAUGUACAGCACCGUCUCCGAUGCCGUCCUCAAUCUCGCCAUGACCGACGCCACGCAGACGGCGUGCGCCCUUUGGGCGGCCAUCAGCGCGGUGUUCCAGGCGAACAAGGCUCCUCGCGCCAUCUUCUUGAAUCACGAGUUCCACUCGAUGACUCAAGGGGAUCUGUCCAUUGACGCCUACUGCGUUCGCAUGAAGGAGAAGGCCGACGAACUCCACGACGUUGGGCAGCCCGUCUCUGAACCCAACCUCGUCCUCAACCUGCUGCGAGGGCUCAACGAGGUCUACUCCAAUGUCGCCGACAACAUCGCCGGGACACAGCCCCUCACCCUCGCUGCCGCCCGGCACCAGCUCCUCCUCAAAGAGCUGCGCCUGCAGAACGAGGAAAAGGUGCGCGCCGCCACCACCCUCUUGGCCGCUGCCUCCUCUCUUGGCGGUCACCAGCAGCAGCUGCUGCAGGGCGGCCGGCGCCCUAACACCAAGAAGGGUGACCAGCAGUCCUCCGGCGGCACCAGCACCAACAAGCGCGUUCCCUGGGGCUUCAACCCCUGGACCGGCGAACGUGUGGCCCCUGGAGAGCGUGUCACUCCUCCUGGACAGCGCCGCCAGGGCGGUUAUGGCGUUCCUGGAGGUCCUGGUGGCCAGGCUGGGCGCAACUCGGGCAUACUAGGGCCUCCCCCACAGGCCAACACCGCCUUCGCUCCGCUCCAGACCUCCUCCAGCGGCUCCAACACCUCCACCAGCACCUGGGAUGCAGCCGGCCUCAUCGCUGCCCUGCAGAACAUGCAACUGCAGGGCGACUGGAUAGUUGACUCCGGCGCCUCCACACAUAUGUCCUCCUCGGCUGGAUCUCAGGACGGGACGCGUGAUUCUCUGCUGUAACUGCGAUGGGGACCUAUACACCAUGCCUGCCUCCACAGCUGCCGCUCCACCUCAUGCUCUCCUGGCUGCUUCGUCGACUCUGUGGCAUCAACGUCUCGGCCAUCCUGCACCCGCUGCUCUAGAGCGCCUAAAUAUAUUGCAUGCUGUUUCCUGUAAUAAAGUAGACCACUCCCUAUGUCACUCUUGUCAGAUAGGCAAACAUACGCGUCUACCUUUCAGUUCUUCGCAGUCCAUAACUCAUGCCCCUUUCGAACUUGUUCACUGUGAUGUUUGGACUUCCCCCAUCAACAGUUUGUCUGGUUUUUCA